CGUUAAGCGGAACUUGAGCGAGAUAGCUAUCAUUCCAAGCCCAAACUGGAAACCUCGUAUUCUGCACCUUGGCGACGUGCAUUAUCACUCAUUCAAGGACCCACCAGUGGCCGAGCAAGGUCGGAAUCAAAGAUGUGUUGCCGGCCAGGGACCCCGUUAUGCGAGGCUGAGAGAACGCCGAGCUAUGCCUUAAGGGCUAACAUUGAUGUGAAGUAGAAUUAUGGAAAGAUUCUUUCUGCUUCCUCUUUCAUUCUCCUUCUUUCUUCUACUGUCUCAUACUCUUUUCUUGCAGCUCUGCGCAAAUUGAAAAUGCCUAAGAUUACACAAAGUUUAGAUGCUGAACAGGCUGAAUUCGACGCAAAGGUCAAGCAAAUUGAAGAGUGGUGGAAUACUCCAAGACAGGCUCACAUUCAGAGACCAUAUUCAGCAACCAGAAUCGCCUCCUUGAGAGGUCUUCUUCCUCAAAAAUAUGCCUCCAGCGAUAUGGCCCUGAAGCUUUGGGCUCAACUCAACGAGCACCGAGCGAAUGGAACGCACGAAAUGACUUUUGGUGUCACAGACCCAAUCAUCGCUUCGCAAAUGGCCAAAUACUCGCAAUCUCUCUACGUUUCCGGAGCCCUGUGCGGGUUCUCUGAGGUUUCCGAGCCAGGAAUGGAUUGUUGCGAUUAUCCCCUCGAUACCGUACCAAAGGUUGUAGACAAAAUCUUUAAGUCUCAAUGUUGGCAUAGUCAGCGCCAAAAUCAUUACAGAAUGCUGCAAUCAAAGGAAGCUCGUGCCAAUCUGGAGAAUUGGGACUACCUGACUCCUAUUGUGGCAGAUGGCGACAUGGGAUUCGGAGGUCUGACAUCAACAGUCAAGAUGACGAAGCUGUUCGUCGAAGCUGGAGUUGCUAUGUUUCACUUGGACGACCUCGCAAUCGGGAAGAAGAAAUUCACAGUGGGUCAAGGACGAACUGUUGUUCCGACCAGCGAGUAUUUGGACCGAUUGACAGCUGCGAGAAUGCAGAUCGACAUCAUGGGAGCUGAUACCAUGCUUCUUUGUCGAUGCGACGUUGAUCACUCGGAGUUCAUCACAGACGUGAUCGAUGUUCGAGACCACAAAUACGUUCGAGGUGCUACCCUCCCAGUCAAAUCUCUCCAGGAAACUUUGAAGGAAGCUGUAGAGGCCGGGUCGCCAAAUCUUCUCACCGUUCGCGCAGAAUGGAUCGCUAGCGCCAAGCUCCUCACAUUUGACGAAGCUGUGCAAGCUAUUGCCACAGAAGCAGAAUACGCCGCCUACACUUCCAAACUUGGUUCUGGCGUUAAGUCCAUAAGAGAGAGAAGAUCUGCUGCCAAGGAAACAGUUAGCGAGGAAAUCUUCUUCGAUUGGGACCUACCAAGGUCUCGCGAAGGGCAAUUCUUCUACAAAUCCUGUGUCUCAGCAAUUGUCGAGCGUGCGCUGCUAGCUGCUCCUCUUGGAGACGUUACUUGGGCAAGAAUGGAUAUGCCAAACUGGAAGGACAUCGUAUCUUUUCACACGCAAAUCCGUGAAGUAUAUCCUGACCGUCUCUUUGCGUUUGGCUACACUGGUGAUUACGACUAUCCCAAAGCGGGCUUCUCUCCCGAAGCCAUCAAAUCAUUCCCGUCUGAUAUGGCAAAGUUGGGAGUUGCGUGGCAAGUUCAGCCUAUCUGGGCGCUACAAGGGAUCAAUUACCAGACGGAGAAGUUUGCGAAGCUUUGGAGAGAAAGGGGGAUUGAGGGAUACGUGGAAGAGAUUCAGAAACCAGCUUUAGCGACAAAACCUCUGACGGAUGGAUUUGAGAAGCCGAGUUAUAGUGGGAGUUAUCUGUGUGACACGUUUUGGGACACUGUUGCUGUCAGAGACAUUGGCGAAGGACAAGGCGGGAAGAUUAGCGAGAAGAGGAUUCGUUGAAGAGAAUUAGUAUAUAGAG